CUUCAUCAUUAUAAUGGUCACAGUUGAUAAAUAAGAAAAAAUACCGACCAUAACUGUUGCAGCACGACAUCUGUGAAUAUGCUGUAAAAUAAUGAGUCAGAAUUGCUCGAAUGUGUACAAGAGCACGUGGAUUGAUUUUUUGUGAAAUUUGUAAAAUUUCUGAAAAUUGUUUGAUUUUUUGCGCUAAUUGUAAAUCAACAGUUGUAAUAAAAAUCAUAAAUUAUUGAUGAACAAUUCUUUUAUUACAACUGAUUUGGUUUUGAUUUGUCUGAAUUGAAUUGAAACGAAUUAUUGGAUUUCGUAUUGAAUCGAAUUGAAUUAUUGGAUUGAAUUUGAAUUUAUCAAUUUGAAUUUGGAUUUGGAUUUGGAUUUAUUGAACUGAAUUGCCCAUCAUGGAUAAACUGUCGGAUCGAGCUUUUAAAACAAAGAUCGCGAAAACAUUCAAAUCAAAAAAGUUUGAUCGAAAACUGGUGUCCGAGCUGAAUGAGGAAUUCGAAAAUCGUACGGCUGGACUUGAUGAAAAUGAAUAUGAAUUAUGGAUAAAGUAUGACGACAUAUUGAAGGCCAUGAUUAAUAAUAUUAAUCUUAAUGAACAAUUGGAUAAUGAUGGUGAUGACGACGUGGAUCGAAAUGAUUCUGAUGCUGAUGACGAUGAUGGAAGUGAUCGUAGUAGCCAACUCGAUGAUGAUGAUCGCGGUUUGUCUAGUGAAUCCGAUGCUGACACUGAACCUGAAAUCGAAACCGAAUUGAAAAGGAUACGUCGAAAACUGAAAAAAUUUUCUAUGAAAAAGAAAACGAAGCGUGAAAGUCGCUCGAAAUCCGAUAUGGAUAAUGAUGUACCGAUAUAUAAAAUUGUCAAUUUGAUCAAGCCAUUCAAAGACAAUGUAGCUGAAUGGCCAGCAUUCAAACGUCGUGUUGAAACGCUGAUUAUUGGACGAAAAGAUGCCUCUGAAGAUUUGAAAAGAGUCCUCAUAUCUGGUAUUUUGAAAGGUAGAGCAUCUUCGAUUUGGGACCGAUGCGAGGCAAAGCAAAUGAAUCUAAAAAAGAGCUGGAAAAUCCUGUCGAAGGAAAUCGAAGACCCUGAUCUCAUCAAUCUGUACAUACAGUCAAUGAUACUGAAAAUGACAAAUGUGAAAGACAAAUAUGAUACCGAUGGUCUCGAAAAGAUUGAAUCGCAAAUUGAAGAAUGUGCAAAUGCCGUGGCUAGCUUGGGUCCUCGCUAUAUCGAUAACACGUCCGAAAUAGUUUGGAAGAUUGCCAAUAAGUUUUGGAGAGAAGAAUCGGAGAAAAUCAUUACUGAAUGUCGAUCGUUGGACAGUCUUUUGAAACGAGCUCGAAAGGCGUAUCGUAACGCCGUAGAGUUGGCUCAACAUAAUGCUGAGCAUAAAUUGCCGGCUAAAUCUGUGAAAAAUGUUGAUCCAAAGCCCAGAGUAUCGUCGAUUCGAACUGUGGUGGCAAAUCCAGUGAAAAAAUGUUUCUUGUGUGAUAAGCCUGGGCAUGUGGCAACUGCUUGUAAUAGUGAAUUGUCCAGUUUGGACAAAAAGAAAAUCGUUCAUGACAAGAAUUUGUGUCGUAUUUGUCUAUGGCCUGGACACAAAUCAACGGAUUGCCGUCGAAAAGAUGUAAUCAAAUGUGCAACAUGUAAAGGCAACCACCCGUUGUCAUUGCAUGGUAUAAAUUCGAAUUGAAUCGCAAAUUGAAGAAUUUGCAAAUGCCGUGGCUAGCUUGGGUCCUCGCUAUAUCGAUAACACGUCCGAAAUAGUUUGGAAGAUUGCCAAUAAGUUUUGGAAAAAGGAAUCGGAGAAAAUCAUUGCUGAAUGUCGAUCAUUGGAUGAUCUUGUGGAACGGGUUCAAAAGGCCCAUCGUCAUAGAAUUUUAAAUUGUAAAUCACUAGCACACAAUGUUUAAUUUGUAUCACCACAUAUUUGUUAAUAUCAUAUUCAAUAUUUGAAUGAAAUAUAUGGAUCAUCAUGUAAUAAAAAAAAAAAUAACACAACAUAGGAAAAUAAAUUUCCCGUCACUGAAAACCGUAGUGUGGCCUUUUUUCAUUUUUUUUUACAUUCAUUUGUCAUUGUUCAAAUAUGUAACGGGAGCAAUAACAAAAAAAAAGUUUGUUUUUCUUUUCUUUUUUUUUUUAUUCGGGCCAGUCAUUUUUCAUGUUUUUUGUGUUGAACUUGUCGUCUCCAGUAUUUUUUUUUUUCACAGCAUGAUGAAUAGGCAAAUUUUUUUUCCGUUGGAUUAAUAUCUCAUCACACAAUCACACAGAAACAAACCUCAAAAACAAAUAUUUCACAAAUAUUUUUUGUGUGUGUAUAUAUUAACCGAGCAAAAGAAAAAUGAGCUACGUAUCUUCCUAUUCAUUCACAGUAUUUUUAUAGCUCAUUUAGUCAUAUAUAAUAAUAAAAUGAUUUAUAGUGGA